CCAGCGCUGUCUGGCUGGGGCCCCUCUUGUCUGUCCAUCCACCUCGGAGUCAGCUCUACCCCUUGCUGAGAUGGGGCUGCCCUGGCUAUGGCUGUGGCUGAAGCGGCUAGGAAUAUUCCUGCAGGUGGCCGUGGAGGUGGCUGUGGGCAAGGUGCUGAUGACACUGUUCCCAGAGAGAGCCAAGCAAAACAUCCUGGCCAUGGGUGAAAAGACCAGCAUGGCCAGGAACCCCCGAUUCUCUCCCGACAACUGGGUCCCGACCUUCUUCAGCAUCCAGUACUUCUGGUUCGUCUUGAAGGUCCGGUGGCAGAGACUGGAGGACAGGGCUGAGCUUGGGGGGCUGGCCCCUAACUGCACGGUGAUCCGCCUCUCGGGACAGAAGUGCAACAUCUGGGAUUUCAUUCAAGGCAACCGACCGCUGGUGUUGAAUUUUGGCAGCUGCACCUGACCUUCGUUUCUUUUCAAAUUUGACCAAUUCAAGAGACUUGUAGACGACUUUGCCUCCACAGCAGAUUUCCUCAUCAUUUACAUUGAAGAAGCGCAUGCGACAGAUGGCUGGGCUUUUAAGAACAAUGUGGACAUCAGGCAGCACCGGAGCCUCCAGGACCGCCUGCGGGCGGCACACCUGCUGCUGGACAGGAGUCCCCAGUGUCCUGUGGUGGUGGACACAAUGCAGAACCAGAGCAGUCAGCUCUACGCAGCUCUACCCGAGAGGCUCUACGUGGUACAGGAGGGCAGGAUCUGCUACAAGGGUAAACCUGGCCCUUGGAACUACAAUCCAGAGGAAGUCCGCGCUGUCCUGGAAAAGCUUUGCACUUCAUCUGGACACACGCCUCAGCUCUAGGGAACCAACAGGGUUCCCCAAGCUUGGCACUCCCCCACCCCAGUCCAGGUGUCCUUUAUCUUUGACCUGUGUUCCCAGCUGAACUACCAGCUCAGAUUUUUCUGAUCUAAACAAAUAACUCCCAGGGAGGCAAUGUAGGUCGCAGCAGACAACCAACACAAAUCGUUACAACCAAAAAAUAAAGCAAUACUGAGCAGUUGGCAAAAGUCAAUGCUCGGCUCCGUGCUUUUCCCACAGUGGAGACCAGCGCAGUGCGCAGCAUCUUCCGGCAGCAGGGCACUGAAGUGCCACCAGCAGACUUCUGGUGUAGUAACUCUUCUAAUGGUGUCAAGAGCUCCGACGUGGCGUCCUCGACAUUCAGCCAAUCCAUCUGACCAAAUUUGUCACUCUGAGAAUCAAUCAUUUAAAAUGCAGAACAGUUCUGUUUGUGUGU